AUGUGGCGGGCACCAGGUGACCUGGCCUGCCCCUCGUUUUGGGUGUAUAACUGGCCCAGGCCUGGCAACGCGGCAGUUCGUGUUUUUCCCCUCUCUACAAUUUCAUCAUCAUUAAAAAAGUCAAUUUUCAUAAUGUCUACUGAAAAAGGCAUUGCCAGCGCUAUCGAUAGCCUCACUCUGGAGGAUUACAAGAAGUACGAUCUUGGCGACUUGAAGCUCCAGUCUGGGGAAACACUAGCUGGCGCCUACAUUGCAUACAAAACCUACGGCGACGCUAGUCUGCCUGCCAUUGUCUAUCCUUCUUGGUUCAGCGGCAAGAUCUCGGACAAUGAGUGGCUGAUUGGCAAAGACAUGGCCUUGAGCCCCGAAAAGUACUACAUCAUCGUCCCUGCGCUAAUCGGCAACGGCCAGUCCAUCAGCCCGUCCAACACGCGCUCUACACGGAAGGGCAAAUUCCCCGACGUCACUCUUCUUGAUAAUGUCACGGCUCAGCAUCGCCUAGUGACCGAGGGUCUUGGUGUCAAGAAGGCAAAGUGCGUUCUCGGCUGGAGCAUGGGUGGCUGCCAGACGUAUCAGUGGAUCACUCAGUUUCCCGAUUUUGCUGAAUAUGCCGUCCCGUUCUGCGGCAGUGCAAAGACAGCCCUUCACAAUGAGGUGUUCCUCGAGGGAGUCAAGUGUGCACUCCUCUCCGCCAAGGGAGUGAACUCAGCGGGCAGCAGAGCCGGCGAGACUGUCAAGGCUGAAGAUUAUCGCGGCUGGACAGAAACAGAACGAGAAGUCGGCCUCAAGGCCAUGGGCCGAGUCUAUGCCGGUUGGGGAUUCAGCCAGCAGUUCUACCGCGAAAAGCUGUACGAGACUAAGCUUGGCUUCAAGAGCCUAGAGGACUUUAUGCAGAACUUUUGGGAAACCUGGGCACUGAGCAAGGACCCCGAGAAUUUGUUAACCAUGCUUCACACUUGGCAAGCUGGUGACUGCUCCAACCAGCCUCCUUACAACGGCGACUUUGAGCUUUCCAUGCGCAGCAUCAAGACCAAGACGCUGGUCAUGCCUGGCCGAACCGACCUGUACUUCCCGCCUGAGGAUUCCGAGUAUGAAGUAAAAAAUAUGAGCGAGGGCGUCGGCAAAUGCGUUCCAUUUGACUCUAUCUGGGGUCACUGGGCUGGAGGUCCCGGUACAAACCCGGUGGAUGUGAAGUUCCUCGACGACAAGCUCCGCGCGCUGCUCGAGAAUGGAACUUGGUAG